AUGUCCAACAAGCGCAUAUAUUCCUGUAUAACUAUGCUUGCCAUCUGGGAAGAACCAAGUCCAAUCUAUCAUACGCUUCAAUCAAUGGAUGAACGGACAGGGGCUUGCUUGGAACGUACAGAGGGAAAAAUACUGAAAGCGUUCCGUCCAGUUGGGUAUCGAUAUCUAUCCACAAUAGAAAAGGCGAGGCUACAAUCCCAAAUUCUUAACUGUCGGUGGGCGACUCUUGAACUUAUCAGCUCUUGUGUUGUUAAGUGUGCCGGGCUGGGGCAACUACUAGAAACUCAUGAUGACAACCCGCAGAUGCAGGAGCCUGAUUUGAUUCGCAUUUUAAAUUCACGAGAAAACACUUUACUGAGGUCUUAUUUACAGAUUGCCAGCGUUAGAAACAACCGCAGUCUAUGGUGGUCCUUGAACUUUCAUGUUAACGGAAAUUUCGAUCCUGUGAUAUUUCGAAACGUUGCGUGCGUCUUUUCCAUUCCGGAAAAAGCAAUAGAUAAGAGGCCAUGGUCGUCCCGAAAGGUGGAGUUGUUCAAGUUACUUCGCCUCUUACUCUAUCAAGGAACCAGCCCAGCUCCCAUUCAGCCAUAUUCCCGAGAAGUGCUCCAUGCAGGUGUGCAUCAAGCUAUUGUUGAAGAUAAUCCAAGCAUGGUAGAACGGCUUCUUGAAUUAGAUGAGUAUUGUGUUAGUUCCGAGGCGUUCUCGUUCAACGGUAGACCGAAGAAUGCCGGCUACGAUAUCCCAUCCGAACAUUUCCUUACUGCCAUUCGCCAUUCCACAACUCUGGAUAUGAUGAAAACGUUAGUUCGUGCAAGCGCAGAGUCACUUCCAUUUGACAAUUCAGAAAUUACUGAAUGGGCGCUUGAAUACGAGAAGUCAUCUUCUCCAUUUUGUGAAUGGCUCUUAGAGCUUAUGGUUCAACUUCCUCACCACAGGAGCCACUCCUCAAAACAAAUGUUUAUCUGUGGUAUGCUCAACUUGGCUGGCUUUAAUUGGAGCCUGCCACCGGUGGGCGCGGGGCGGCUCCGUUAUGUGACAAGUGACCCUGCUUAUAGGCCGUACGUCGUUGCAUGGUCGGAGGAGCCAUACCCGUGGCCUGCAGACUUGUUUAGCUACACGGACAAAGCUCCCAUAGAUCUUAGCGUCUUGCAACACUCGAAGUCAUGA